AUGAGGGAAAUGAUCAAGGAUGAAUGGCUCGACGUCGAUGCCAGGACGAUGUUCGCACAGAACUUCCACAGCGCGAGGAUAAAGAUCGAACGCUAUACUGCCAGUUUCGCGCUGAAGUAUGCACUCCCCGAGCUCGUGACCCGCUCCAAGCAGGAGCUCGACCGAUUCGAACUCCAGCUCAACCAGGACCUCGAUCUCAUGGAUCUCCACCCCGAGCAGGAGCCUGAACGGAAGAAUGCCAAGGCGCCGAAAGACGGUGGUGGUGUUGGUCCUUCUUCCAAGCGUCAACUCAGCGGGGCCGAGAUGAUGCCGGAAGAUGGGCUGGAAACCGGUCGAGGUGCCAAUCGCAAGCAGCGCCGUGCAAACGAGCCUGCCACUGCAGUCAAUCCAGCACUUGCAGCCAAGAAUGUAAGCAGAAAAAGGCCCAAGCUCGGCAACUUGCCUGCAGUCAUCCUCACCGUUGCUCAUGAACAAACACCGCUUGGCAAUCAUUCGCCAUCUCACCAUCACCAGCCGCAUCGCAGUCACUCACCAACUCAAUCUCACCAGACACCUAACGCCUUCUGGGAGACGAAGACGCAAUCACUUAGCGCAAGAGAUGCAGCCGAGAUGCAGCCGGAGGGUGGAUGCCCCAGGUGGCCAUUGGGCCCAGGACAGGCUUGGUCUGGUCCGAUCAAGGAGAAUCAGGUGAGAGGUCCUGGCAAGCGGUUUGUCGUACCUGCCGGAGAAGUGCGCUACUUGGCACGACACUUCCCCAGCGUCGGCGAGCCCAUUCACCCUGGUUUUGUUGUGGCCAAACCGGGCUGUGACGAAUGCAUUCGCCGCAACACGAUCUGCACUUUUGGUGUCGGCGCCAAUCACAGAGGCAAGGAGCGCGAUCCAACCAAGGGGAGUUGCGACCGGUGCAUAGUUAGGUACCAUAAAUGCCGCGGCUUGGGCUUUACCGGCUUCGCAUCAAGCACCAAACGCUCUUUUGGUCAGACGUCCAAGUCGUCAGACCACGGACAAUACUCCCGCGGUGCCUGA